UUUUUUAAGAAAUAUUGCCAAUGGAUACCUUUCCUUUCAUCAUCUUUUACUCACUAAUCUCAUUCUCAGUCCUAGAAUUCACCACUGCAGCUGAUACUUUAACUCCGUAUCAAUCAAUCACCAAUGGUGAGAGUUUAGUAUCAUCGGGCCAAAGUUUCGAACUAGGCUUCUUUUCUCCCAGUGGUUCCAAGAAUCUGUACUUGGGAAUAUGGAACUACAAGAUUUCUACACAAACUGUGGGGUGGGUAGCAAACAGGGAAACCCCAAUUGCAGAUUCAUAUGGAAAUUUAACUAUCAACAGCGAUGGAAAUCUCGUGCUCUUCAAUGCCACAAAUAACUUGUAUAUUACAAGAUUAAUGCUGAAUCAAUUGGGUCUGCUAAAACGCCUCAUCCUGAAUGAAGGAAGCUCUGAAUGGGCUGUUAUAAAUACAAUACCGAAUGAUACCUGUGAUGAUUAUGGACAGUGUGGAGCCAGUGGUAUUUGCAGAAUUAACAAUAGACCAGUAUGUGAGUGCUUGGAUGGGUUCAUUCCAAAAUCGCAGGAAGAAUGGGACCUGCUUAAUUGGUACAGUGGAUGUGUGAGGAGGACAUCACUGGAUUGCCAGAAUGGAGAGGGAUUUGUGAAACUCAAAAAUGUGAAAUGGCCAGACCUGUUAGACUUUUGGCUGAAGGAGAGUGUGAACCUUGAGGAAUGCGAGGCAGAGUGCUUGAAGAAUUGUUCUUGUAUAACUUAUGCUAAUUCAGAUAUCAGAGGAGGAGGCAGUGGCUGUUUGAUUUGGUUUGGCGAUUUAGUUGAUAUUCGAGAGUUUAAUAACAAAGAUGGUGAGCAAGAUAUCUACAUACGAAUGCCAGCUUCUGAACUCAACCAUAAUCAGAAGAAGAAGACACUGAUGUUGAUCGUAGUGGUAUCAACAGUUUCUGGGUUGCUUGUCCUCAGCUUGUUAACUUGGUGUAUACUUAAGAGGAGGAGAAAGAAAAGAGGCAUGGAAACUAAGAAUGAAGACAUUGAGUUACCGUUUCUUGAUCUGGACACUAUUGUGAAUGCCACUAAGAACUUCUGUUCCACAAAUAUGAUCAGAAAGGGUGGUUUUGGUCCUGUUUACAAGGGUAAGCUAACAACGGGACACGAAAUAGCAGUCAAGAGGCUUUUGAAGAAUUCUGGACAAGGUGUGCAAGAAUUCAAAAACGAAGUUGUUUUGAUUUCCAAACUUCAACACUGGAAUCUUGUCAGGCUGUUAGGCAGUUGCAUUGAAGGAGAAGAGAGAAUGCUAAUAUAUGAGUACAUGCCGAACAAAAGCUUGGACUAUUUCAUUUUUGAUCAGAAUAAAGGACUAGAACUUCCAUGGGAAAAAUGAUUUGCAAUUGCUAUGGGCAUAUCAAGGGGACUUCUCUACCUUCACCAGGAUUCAAGAUUGGGAUCUCAAAGCUGGCAACAUUUUACUAGAUGAUGAACUAAGUCCCAAAAUUUCAGACUUUGGGAUAGCAAGAAGUUUUGGGAGAGAACAAAUUGUUGCCAAAACAAAGCGAAUAAUCGGAACAUAUGGUUACAUGUCACCGGAGUAUGCCAUCGAUAGGAAAUUUUCAAUAAAAUCUGAUGCCUUUAGUUUAGGUGUGCUUUUAUUGGAAAUGGUGAGUGACAAGAGGAACAGGAAAUUUCAUCAUCCUGAUCACUGUCAUUCGCUUUUGGGACAUGUAAAUAUCUAUGGUAAAAUGUAUUCUUAUUUUAUUUUAUUUUUCUCUCUAGCUCUCAAUGUGAAUUACUAAGUUUGAUGAUGUGAUUGUUAAAGGCUUGGUUGCUGUGGAAUGAACACAAAGCCCUGGAACUAAUGGAUCCAUGUUUGGAAAAUUCUUACAUUGAAUCUCAAGUGCUAAGAUGUAUUCAAGUAACUUUACUAUGUGUUCAGAAACUGUCAAAAGACAGACCAAUCAUGUCAUCGGUUGUUUUUAUGUUGAGCAACGAGAUGGUGACAUUAACUCAACCCAAAGAACCUGGCUUCUUUGUAGAAAGAAGUUCCAUUGAUGAAGAGACAUCAACAAGUGAGGGAUGCCAUACCGGAAAUAAAUUGACAAUGACGAUAAUGGAAGGAAGAUAAAGGAUGCGCCUAUUAGGUACUGCUGACUGAUGGAGUUGAUGCCAACCAAGAAAUUGCUAGUUCAAGAAAAAAAAAAAAAAAAAAUUGUAAUGUAUAUAUAUACAAAUGAUUUUAUUUUUGAAGUCAACUUUGUGUCUAGACGAUGAACCCAUCUAAACUUGUUGACAAAUUGACUGCAGGUUUCAAUUUAGUCUUCUAAGUAAAUGGUGACUCCAUCACUGUGUGGGACUAUUCUA